GCACCUUCCUCUCCAUGGAACAAACCCGACUCAUUCCCACAAAGGCACAAAUCCCACUUAUUUUGUUCUCUAUCUCAAUUCCACCAUGACACAUCCCAUUAUGUUGCUUGGAUUUUUGAUAAUUAUAUGCUUAAGUGGUUCUCAAGCUGAAAAUGCCUUCUCACAAUACUGGGAAGAGCAUAUUGGUCAUCAUCCACUCCCUCCACAUUGGUUAGCUGCAAAGGCUUCUCCAUUAAGCCUCCAUCAGGUGUCAAUGUUUAUGAAACUUAUGGCAGAAAAUGAAUUGGCUUCCCACCUACGUUCAUUCUGCAACCAAGCUAAUGUUGCUUGUUCUACAAAUACACUUAUGAAGAAGACAACAGAAGACAUAACUCUGCCACCAAUAGCCCAGUGGAUAACUGACAGAGUAGUUUAUGAACUCACUCCAAGUGGUAUACCCUUGUCGAUUGCCAGCCAAGGGGGAUUGCCAUUUUUUCGGGAGUCGAUGGUGAAAGAGGGAGGUUUCAUGCCUAUCCCUGAUCUAAGAGACCCAAUGUCAUAUAGAUCAUUCUUACCGCAAACUCUGGCAUCAAAAAUCCCAUUUUCAUUUGCUCAGAUUGAGGAAUUAAAGAAACUUUUUGGUGUGGUAGAUGAAUCAAACAUGGAUGAGUAUAUUCAAAGCACCCUAGAGACAUGUGAAAAGAGCCCGAUUCAAGGCGAGCAGAACACCUGUGUGACUUCUACUGAGGGCCUAAUCGAUUUUGUUGUCAAGAAAUUAGGGCACCAUGUACGUAUCUGGAGUUCUGAGAGCGUCGAAGGGUCUUAUGAGAAUGCCACAAUCGGAGCUGUGAAACUCAUAUAUGAAAACCUCUCCGAACCACCACUUAUAUGUCAUAGUCAGCCAUUCCCAUUUCAAGUCUAUUAUUGCCAUAUUUUACAGAAUGUAAAACUAUAUGCAGUUGAUAUACAUGCCCAGAAGAAAGUGAAUCAUACAAUCAUGGCAUGCCACUAUGACACAUCAAUUUGGAAUCCAAACCAUACUGCUUUUAAGAUGUUGGGUUUUGGGCCCGGCCUAAUUGAAGUUUGUCAUUGGAUAAACGAGAAUGUAGUGGUCUGGACAAAGACUUUAGGUUGAGUAGCAUUUGAAGAUAUGAUUAUCUUCCAGUUCUCUUGUUUGUGUUAUAUGUUACUGUUUAUGCUAUUCGAAGGAUAAAUAAUGAUCUAUUUUGGACUGCUUAUUAUGUCAUUCAAGUUUCAAUG